GGUCGGCAUCCGCACCUCUCGCAUUGCAAGAGCAAGUUCCUUCCUGUACCAGUUGGGAGCAGAUUGCGCACCGGCCAGAUUUGGUUCUCUACGCAUGUGUGGCAGAGUUCUACAGAAUACGUUUCUAACAAACUUCAAUUAAUAUUCGGGCCACCGUACUCGUGCUGCUGUGUCUCCUCGCUGCUCACGGGUCGUGCGCGAUGGGCCAGUCUAUCUCCCAGCUCGUGACCCAACUGUGCAGUCAGCGACACCAGCGACGCCUGGAUGCCGUCACGUGCAUCGGAUUUGAGACGAAAUCGGAGUUCCCAGGCAACCUGGCCAAGUGCGUUCGGGCCAGUUUCAAGGCUGAACGCCAGCUGAAGGACUUCGGCCUCGGCGCGUUGUGCGGCGGCCCAACGCUCACCGUCGAAGGCCUCGUCGACAGAGCCGCCCCGGUGAGCAAUACCUUCGCAGCGCUUGGGAAGGCUUCCAAAAGCCCGUCGUCACCGGCAUUCAAAGCCAUGGCAUGCGCGCUAUCUUACUCUCGCGUCAAGCUGUCCCAGAUCAGGAGCCUAAUUGAGAACUGCCAGUUGCUGCCCUGGCCUUGAAUGAGCACCGCGCAGCAUGGUUGCCUGCAACGAGACAAGGAGCGCUUAAAAAAUUGCUGUCAAAUAUACACGUAGUCACUGACGUUCUUGUGGCAGUACUGCGCUAUACUG